AUGGCACAUGCAGGCUGGUGGCCUCCUGAACAUCACCAAGGUGUCUUUCUCAGACCGUGGUAAAUACACGUGUGUCGCCUCCAACGCCCACGGCACGGUGAACAACACAGUGACCCUGCGUGUUGUCUUCACCUCGGGGGACAUGGGCGUCUACUACAUGGUCGUGUGCCUCGUGGCCUUUACCAUCGUCAUGGUCCUCAACGUCACUCGCCUGUGUAUGAUGAGCAGCCACCUGAAGAAGACGGAGAAGGCGAUCAAUGAAUUCUUCAGGACAGAGGGCGCAGAGAAGCUGCAGAAGGCCUUCGAGAUUGCCAAGCGCAUCCCCAUCAUCACCUCAGCCAAGACCCUGGAGCUGGCCAAAGUCACCCAGUUCAAAACCAUGGAGUUUGCCCGCUACAUCGAGGAGCUGGCCCGGAGCGUGCCUCUGCCACCCCUCAUCAUGAACUGCAGGACGGUAAUGGAGGAGAUUAUGGAGGUGGUGGGCCUGGAGGAGCCAGGGCAGAGCUUUGUGAGGCACGCCCCGGAGGGCCAGGAGGCCACUGACAGGCACGAGGUAUACACCAUCCCCAAUGCUCUGCAGCGCAGUGACUCACCUGCUGCCGACUCAGACGCCUUGUCACUGCACGAGCAGCCUCAGCAGAUCGCCAUCAAGGUGUCCGUUCACCCGCCAUCCAAAAAAGAGCCUGCAGAUGACCAGGAGGGUGUGCAGUUAGAAGUCAGAGAUGAAGAGGACACGGGGCCAUCAGCCGAACAGUCCCCCGACACUGCAGAGCCUUCUACUGAAGUGACGUCCACAGAGCUGACAUCCGAGGAACCAACCCCUGUGGAGUUCCCAGGCAGGGCACUGCCACCUGCUCACCCCAACUCCACAGAGCCCACAGUGACAUGUGACAAAAACACCUGCAUUAUUUAUGAAAGCCAUGUCUAAUAUCAACCCUGAAAAGCUAUGCAUAUCAAGUAAAUCAGGGGCUGCUCCUUGAGAUACAUACAGAUGUAGUCACUCUAGCCGCUAAGCCUUACCAGGAGACUCACCCGUAGGUCGGAGUGGUGCCAUUUGGACAGGGGACACCUGCGUGCAGCUGUGAGUGGACCUUCCUGUGAGAGAGGCCAGGGGAAGCAUCACGGCACAAAAUUGGUAAUACCACAUGGAAGGUGUCCAUCUGUGUGGUGUGAAUUGCAGAGGCUGCUCAUGGCCACAUAUCUUAAUCAGCAACAUCCUCUUGGCAAAGAGGACUCUGUUGUAAGAUACCCCAAGUUCAAGAGCCCUGUCCAACACUCACUGCACUGCUUUUCCUUUUUAAAAUUACAGGUCUGCUAUGAUAAAUGCACGUACAUGGUUUUGCUGCACUUUCUUCUCAGUUUUAAUCACUUUCACUGUUCCUUUAUCUUGGACUAGUUAUUAUAUUAAUACUUGUAGCUCUUUCUGGUUUAGCCCUUUUUGUUCCUGUUUUUCUCUAGAACUUUUACUUCAGAGGCCCCAGUCUAAUACUAGUCACCAGAACCAGGACGGCGCCUGCAAGUCCCUUGCAGUGGCCCCGGGUGGUUACUAGGCUCGCUGUGACUUCCAUCCCCCCACCUAUUUUCACAGAGUGCUUUUUUUUUUUUUUUCCAUUUAUUUCCAGUGAAGCUGCUACUGUGAAACUGAGAAAAACUUUGCCCUGGAAGAGCACUUUAAUGGUUGUAUAAAAAUGCAUGUGCCUGUUUAUGUGGGAGUAUUUUGGUGAGCUCAGCUGAAGCGUAGAAGGGGAAUGGUGAGGGUUGUUUGCCCCCAUGCCACUCAUGAAAAUCGCUGUUAAUGUAGGAUCAUCCUCCAAGCAAAGGCUGAUUCUUUACCCAGAAAAUUUACUGCUUCCAGAGACAGAGGCAUUUGAUGGGCUCCUGUAAGGUAUAGAAUUCUGACUCCCAGACGGGCCUGCAAGGACCAUUUGCUGUUGGGCAGUGCCCACACCCUACUUAGGGCAGCAGACAUAGGGUCUGUGAUAUGCCCCUGUGACUGCAGGCCAGGAUGACGGUUCAGAGAAUUGCACCAUCAGAUUUCAUGCCAAAACUACUGAAUGACUAUCCAGCCCCCAGAAAGCAGGUGCAUUUGAGCCAGCAGGAUGUGUUGGAAAGAAGAUAGAACUGGUCACCUGAAAGUUAGUGCCUGGCCCAACUGUGCCAGUGCCCAGCUGCCUGUUUGGGGGCAAGGCUAGGCCUCUGUGUCCUUGUCUGUAAUACAGGGUGGGUUGGGUGAGGGCCAAGGGCCACUUCAGCAGUUUCACCCUCUCUCAGAACCAGCUCACAUGACAUCCUUGCUUGUUCUCAAAGUCUCUCAGAGGGUUUUCUCUCAUCUCCAAUUCCCACAAUUCAUGCUGUGUUCCUUACUCAGAUAGAGGUUGUGGGUCUUCUCCUCCAGGAAGUCAUUAGGACCUCUCCUGCAGUAAGAGGUAGUCUUGGUGAGGGUGAAUGACAUCACUUCCUUUUCACUUACAAGCAAGGAAGACAGGAAGCUCAGUGUCGCCGAUGGGGUGGUUACGUCCAAGGUUGCGUGGACACAUUGUUGAUGAGAGUGUAGAUGCAUAAGUAUAACCCGCACCCUUUCACCGUCCGUGGAAGUGGCCUUGGACAACUCCCUGCCUCUCUCUGAAGUUUAAUCUUGUGCUUCAUCUAUGAAAAUACACAGAUAGCACCUGAGGGUCUGCAAGAUCUCUUCUCAUCAAACGUUACAGUUUUACAGAAAGUCUGCAAUCUUCAUGAUAAACCUGGAGCAAACCUGAGAGAACAUGAGCCUGGGUGCUUCUGCUGUUCAACCAUUGCAGCAAACAGGUGUGGAGUACAUGGCCUUAAAGUGACCUUGCCCGGUUUAUUUAUAGUAGGGAGAGAGUAUGGAAGGUGACACUUCAGAUGACAGACCAGUUCCAUCAGACAGCUCGUGAAAAGGAACAUCUUCGCAUCUAGUCCGACGUGCCUUGAGUGAACCCGCAAAGAAAUCAGCAGUGAACCAUCAGGAGAAUCCAUGAGUCCUGUCUGGGCUGUCCAGACUGGGAUAUUACAUGUUUGGGUUGUAGUAGGACAGUUUUAUAUCUAGCUCUUAGAGCACAGCAUUUUUUUUUUGUUAACGCAGGUCCACACAUUUUUAGCAGGGGUUUCUACACCAAAGCAAAAAUGGGGACUUAAGCUCAUUGUUUUUGAUGUGUGAGCUUUCCCCCAUGCUACUUGGUUCUCAUUUCACUCAAACCAGAGUGCAGACCUCUGCAGAAACAGCAGAAGGUGCCGGUUUCAUCUACAUAUCCACGAGGGAAAAUCUGGCUACUGUUGAUGAAAUGAGCAGGAAUGUGUGACCAAAGAAUGUUUCCAGGUUGAUUUUUGCUUCUUUAGACUAUGGUGGGGGGAGAUGAUAACGGAUUUCGAAAACAUUCUCCCUUGUCAAGGCAUUAGAAUGACCCUGAUAACACCCACCCUACAGGGAGGUUGACUCACAAUGAUGAUUUCUCCUUGUGGAAAAUCUGCACGCUUCCUGUCCUAUCCUGCCCCCAGCAUCUUUACAAAAUCAAAGAGUCCCUCCUGCUAGAACGGGAGGUGCAGACACCUCAUGGCUCUUGGUUGGAUUUUCAGAGAUAAAGUGAACUGCCCACCUCAUGGAAAUUCAGUCAUGUGACUGACCGUGGGUGCUCCUUGAGCACUGAGCUUGCUGGAGCAGUUUUGAAAGCUGGCUGCUAAUGCCCCAGCUACGUCCCCUGAGUCUUAUGAACUCAUUCUCAAGGUGGAGUUCUGCUUUCUGAGUCAUGCUGGUAAUAUCUCUAGCAAUUUUUUUCUUGAGAGUCCAAAAAAUAAUUCACAUAUGUAUGCGUAAUUAAUUCACUUAGGUGAUUUUUUGAACUUGGAUAGUAUUUAUUCUAAAUGGGGAAAACAAAAUUUUAUAUGGAAAAAUCUAAUUUAUAAUGGUUUUGGUUUAUAGAUUAUAUUUUCAUAUCUUUAGGGCACAUCUACUAUCCU